AUGACCCUCAAAGACGUCUACCAGCGUUUCCUGGAGUUACCCAAUCCGAUCACCCUGUCCGAGAAUGCCUCCCUGCAUUACAUUACCACCCUGAAUACCUUCACACAGCCUGUCAACAUCGUUCGGCAUCUUGAGUCUCAAAACAAAAAGUUGGUCAAGACCAAAAGUGCGAGAAUAAUUUCGAGCGUAGAGGGACCUAAUGCCGUCGCCCUUGAAGUUGAGACGGUGCUGGAGUUCAUCUCGGAUGGGGGAUCAUACUUGCCAGGGCUUGAGAACUUCGUUGUCGAUAAGAUUGCGACCAUUCCAACGACUCAUUUUGUCCAAUUCGACGCCGAACAGAAAAUCUCCGUGAUCCGUAUCUCCUGGGAUCAAGCGUCAUUGCUGAAACAGACCGAAGUGAUUGGUUCAAGAGGCAAGAAUUGGCCCGUGGUUGACGGAAAAGACCAGGUCAGACUCAUCAGCUCCAGCGUGACGGCGGGUCCCCCAACGGCAGAACUGCCCACCAGUCCCAGAGGUCGCUCCGAGAACCAAAGCCUUGCCUCUUCGCGCAAUGCGUCCCCGAGUAAGAGGCACCUCAAGGACCCUCAUGCGAGCCUCGACCUCUUUUCACCGAAGCCGGUCGACGAGAACGAGCGAAUUUCGGGCCCCAAUGCUGUGGCUCCACGGGCAUCUGCUCGACCGCCACCACGCGAGAUGAGCGAGCUGUUCGCGGCGGGACAUGAAGACCAUGAGCCAGGAUCGCCCAAGAAAGCACCUACCGAGCCUGUCGUGGCGCCCAAAGGAGGCAGCAACCAGAAAUUCGCCCCGCCUCGCCUCUUUGCUGAUGAUCCCAACGAGCCUGCUCCCGUCGGCUACAAGUCCAACCCUGCCAAGUACAACCAUUUCAAUCUGGGAGAAGAGCUGGAAGAUGACCCACUGCAGUAUCGUGACGCGACUCCCAAGCCGAAGACAACGAUGCCAAUGAGAGGAAAAUCCAACAGACAGCAAUCUCAAUGGGAUUUUGCGGACUUUUUCACUCCAGAGAAGAUCACGCAGAAGGUGCGAGAUCAAGACAUCGUCCACUUCAGCCUGGACAGUACCGUAAAUGAUGCCGAGACCCCGGGGAAGAAGAUGGUGGGCAAGCCACGGCGCGACAACGAGAUCCACUUUGAAUUGCAAGACGAUGGAACUCCCAUCGAGCGUCAUGCCGUCCCAAAGCCUCGAAAAGAUGCCGAGACACACUUUCAACUGAGAGACACUGGCACACCGGCUCCCACCCGUACCUCCGGACGUCCGACCAGCUCGGCCAGUGAUCGCAUGGGGCUAUACGCUAAUAAUGUAUUUGACGAGGAUGAAAACGGCAAACCGCAGGAAAAGGCACCGUUGUCCACCAUCACCAACAAUACCAAUCGCAAACAUGAUUUCGACAGUCACUGGUCGAUGGCUGAAGCAUCGCCAGCCAACGGAAAGAGCAACAACGAGAACAAGCCGGUCAGCAAGCACCGCAAGAAGCCGUCACAAAUGGACACCCACUGGGAUGCGUACGAGGGGAGUACCGAUCAGCCACAGAAUCCCCCUGCGCAGAACCGGUUGAGAAAGGGCAUGGAGAGUCACUGGAGCAUGGGAGAAGAGGAGGAAAAGGCAGCCACCAAUGGAAAAAGCAAGAAUCAAAAGAGCUUCUGGGACUUUUGA